AUGUAUGAAUCACUCAAUUCAAAUUUGUGUCAAAUGCAACAAAGAUCUCCAAUCGGAGGUAGGGUAUUGUUGACCGACCACAAACUACUGCGCGUUUGCAGAUCAGAGAACCAGAGGUUGCUUGAACAACCUUCCACCGAGAUGUUGAAACAUGAAGUCGCUACUCUCAAGGCUACACUUCGAGACGCGGAGCACAUGAUUACUUCGCAAAUUGAGCAGGUUAAUACUCUCAUGGCUCAACUUCAAGAGAUGGACACGAAGGUUGCAGUGCAAAAUGGGGAGCUUCAUCGCACCAUCCCCGCCGUUUCCUUACUCAUCAAAGAGCACGGCGAACUUCAACAUCGGCUCGAAGUUGUAGAAGCCUCAACAUCUGAUUUAACCGAGAUGCAUGACUUGGAUAUCCAAAUAUACAGAGCGCACGAGAUGGCUAUUCACAAAAUUGCCAUCGCCUCUCCACUCACCCGACAUGUUAAUGUCCAUGACGAGAUGGAGAUGUAUACCGAUGAGCGUUAUUACGAGUAUGGUGAACAUCGUGAUGACCCUCCUGGAAACAAUAGUACUACCGUAUCAGAUCCACAAGCUGGGAUGUGA